ACAUCAUUUUUUUAUCUAAGGUCAUCGAGAUGGAAGCAUGCUUGCAAGAUGUUAAUAAUUUAAGUAAUUCAAUCCCCCCUCGCGAGACUAUAUGUGUACUUGCAGAAAAGUUCAGUACAUCGGCUGGUCGAGCUGGAAAAAUGAUUGUACAGCCAAAACAGGUUUUGAAUUGGUUCCAAAAUAGGAGAUAUGCCCAUAGGGCAAAAGUUAAGGACCCAGCAAAACUAAAUGUCUCUCUUAUGCCUCGAGAUGAUCCUGCUCAACAUAGAAAUGUAGCUCCUCCGCUUCCUAUUUCUCAAGGUUAUUUUGUAAAGUAUAUAUUAUUUGCUCUUUUUUUGUAGGAAUGCGAGUAUGUUCUUUGCUCCAUGUUAUGAGUGAUCUGCUGUUUGGUGUGCCUAUUUAUACUUGGAAGACAUUAUUUUACACCCUACACUAUUAAUGUAG